CCUAUACCUCUUCGUUCCACGACUCGUUUUUUGCUUUUUUCUAAACCCCCACUUCCUCACGCCAAGCAUAUCCCCUUUAAUAUUCUAAUCCUCCCCUUAUAAAAACCCUUCUCACUCCUCUUGAUUCUUCUCAUCUUACUUUCCUUCUCUCAGAUAUUUUUGUUCUUAAUUUCGAUUCGCUUCUCUCUCUCCGCCCCCUCUCUUUCUUUUGUUUCCGCGAUUCAAUUUUCUCGCGGAUUUUGGUUUCUCUGUUUUGAUUUCUUGAGCUGAGAGUGAGAGAUCGAUAAUGAAGUUCGGGAAGCGGCUGAAGAAGCAGAUUGUGGAGUCCUUGCCGGAAUGGCGGGACCAGUUCCUGUCGUACAAGGAGUUGAAGAAGCUUGUGCGGCUGAUAUCGGCGGCUCCGCCGUUGCCAGACGGAGUGAGAGAGUACGGUAAGGCGGAGGCCGAUUUCGUGUAUUUGCUGAACAACGAGAUCGACAAGUUCAACAACUUCUUCGUGGAGCAGGAGGAGGAUUUCGUGAUCCGGCACGAGGCGCUGGAAGAGAAGAUGAAGGAAGUGAGAGAGAGAUGGGGAGCAAAUGGAAGCGAGGCUUCAGAAACGAAGUAUAAGGAAGAGAUGGCGAAGAUCAGAAAAGAUAUGGUUGAUUUCCAUGGCGAGAUGGUCCUCUUAGUUAAUUACAGUAGCAUCAAUUACACUGGGCUGGCAAAAAUACUGAAAAAGUACGACAAGAGGACAGGGGGGCUACUGAGGCUACCAUUCAUACAGAAAGUGUUGGAGCAACCGUUCUAUGCGACGGACCAAAUCUCAAAACUUGUGAGGAAAUGUGAGAGCAUGAUCGACGUGGUGUUCCCGGCGGAGGAAGACUUGGCGGAGAGAGCGAGAGAAGCGAGAGACGCCAUCGUUGUUGCCGGAGAAGGCAUAUUCCGGAACACCGUCGCCGCUCUGCAUACCAUUCAGGAGAUCCGAGCAGGAAGCUCCACUAGGAGUCCCUUCUCUCUGCCUCCUCUCAACUUGCCUGAGUCUCAACUCAUUCAAACAAUUCAGCUGAAUUCCAUCAUCCCCACCAAUUGAUGGUAUAGUUGAUCAACAUAGAUACAGGUUUCGUCACAGCAACUUAUCAGAUGUUACACGUUUUGAGGAAUUAUUCAUGCUAUAGGUAUACAAAUUUAGGAAUAUGUAUAAUGGACCAGAAGAUUAUCCAAGUGCCUGUUUCAUUGGGUUGAUCAA